AUGAUGAAAGGUGCUCAUUUCCCUGCUACAACUGCUGCUUUUGCCCUACUGGCAUUGGCAACCUUCCACCUUGUCUCUGCCUCUGAUCCUAGUUCUCUCCAAGAUUUCUGUGUAGCACUUAAGAACACUGAUGGUAUAUACUAUAUCCCCGGAAACACAUCAAAUGCGGUUGGUUCCAAGGUCACCCCGGCGAAUGUGGAGCAAAUAGCAGGGCUGAACACUCUUGGGAUAUCCCUUGCUCGCAUAGACUAUGCACCAAAUGGCGGACUAAACCCUCCUCACACCCACCCUCGGGCCUCGGAGUUUCUUGUGGUCAUGGAAGGCACUCUCUACGUUGGCUUCGUCACAUCCAACUCUGACAACGGCAACAAGCUAUUCACCAAAGUGUUGUACCCUGGAGAUGUGUUUGUCUUCCCGGUUGGUCUUAUUCACUUCCAGUUCAACAUCGGAAAGGUCAAUGCCGUGGCCAUUGCCGGUCUUAGCAGCCAGAACCCAGGUGUCAUCACCAUAGCCAACGCCGUUUUCGGCUCCAAACCUCCGAUCAAGCUUGAUGUUCUCACCAAGGCCUUCCAAGUUGAAAGCAAUGUCGUUGAGUAUCUCCAGAACCAGUUCUGGUAUGACAACAACUAGGAACAUGCUAACAAUUGUAUCACGAAACGAUGGCCUUACAUAUCAUACAACACAUAAUCUAAGCUUUUGUAAAAGAAGAUGGUAGUUGCUUAUAUGUAAUGUACCUCUUC